AUGGGCCAUGAGACCUCUGGAAGCUUGUGCAACUUGUGCAGAUACCUGGAUUGGGGACCAGAUUCAAUUGCAGCAAGCUGCAGCUGCUGGAGAUUCGCUUGUUGGAUUGGACUCGCAAAGCUGGAAAAGGCGAGUGCAAGAACCGAUGGAUCGAAAGGGAAAGAGCGCAUAAAAGCCCAACAAAAUAAGGGAAAGCUUUCGACUCCUGCGAAACCUCUGAAACCUUGGUAUUUGAUUUUGGCCUAUGAUGGCACCGAUUUCGCUGGCUGGCAGAGACAAGCCGAGGGAGUGCGCACACUGCAAGGGGAAGUGGAAAAGGCUUUGUCAUUGGUCUUUCGGGUGGAGGUGCGAACUGUAGGAGCGUCUCGCACUGACAGUGGUGUUCAUGCCAGAGGUCAGGUUUGCCACUUCGAGGCCCCUGAGAUUUCAGACCGAAGCGACGCAAAGGUGGACCACGUGGACCACGUGGACUUCGUGGACCACGAAACUCUGCUGCGCCGACUCCGUCUGACCCUGCCAGCUGCAAUUUUUGCUGUGAAGCUUGGUGCAGCUCCAGUGAACUUUCACUCCCGCUUGAGCUCAGUCAAGAAGAAUUAUUCAUAUCGUCUUUCAACUAUGCAUGUGAUGCCAUUCCAAGCUAGGCAAUGUUGGACUUGUGGAGAACUGGAUCUUGAAGCAAUGCAUGCUGCCAUCAACGUCCUUCACAAUAAGCAUAUGGACUACAUCGCUUUCACAACGGGUGAGAACGAGCCAGACUACCACGGACCUGUCACGAAAAGUGUGCAGCUAUCCAUGAAGAUUGAUGGAGACAUAAUAUGUCUUUCAGCUUCAUCAGAUCGCUUCCUCUACAAAAUGGUGAGACGAAUUGUUGGUGCAUUAGUUGAAGUUGGCAAAGGCAGACUAUCACCAAACGACAUAGCAACCGCCUCGAGACAACAAAUCCCCACAGCUCCGCCAGUGGGCUUAAGCCUGGACGAAGUCGUCUAUCCAAGCGAUGUUCAGAGGCUUCUGGCAUCUUGCAAGUAGCACAAAGAUGCACAAAGAUGCAAAAAGAUGCAAAAAGAUGCAAAAAGCACGUUGAAACUCAGGCUGCCAUCAAGCGCCAUCAAGCGCCAUCAAGCGCCAUCAAGCGCCAUCAAGCGCCAUCAAGCGCCAUUAUUUGCAAAGUGAC